AUGAUUGAAAUUAAAUCAAUUGUCGAUAUAUUUUCCGACACUAACUUAAAGGAUUCAAAAUUGUUAAAUAAACCGAAAUUAUUUUUCUUUACCUGUUGUCGGGAAAUCGACUURGAUUUAAAAGWAUCAACUAAUCAACAAAAUAAUGAAAAUUCAUUGACUUAUUUGGCUCAAGAAUUGAAAACUAAUUACGAAAAUUUUGGUAAUAUUAAGACAAUCGAUAAAAACUGGUCGGACGCUAAUCAGGAUAUAUUUAUAUGCUAUUCAUGCGCUAGAAGCUACAAAACAUAUAUAGACAAUAACGGUAUAACCUAUUUUGGUCAGGCAUUAAGCCAUUGUUUGGCACAGUAUGCCUGCGAGGAAUCAUUGAAUAGUAUACUAAGCAGGACCUGUUAUCGUUUGAAAACAGAUUAUGAUAAAAUAAUUCGUGAAAACAAAUAUAUGUUUGAUAAAGAAAUCAUAAAAUCUGGUAAUUUUUAUCCAGAAAUACGGUACAGAUGUAUGACUAUGGAACUGAAAUUUAAUCCAAAAUAA